AUGCUUACUAGUAUGACCGCCGUAUCUUCCUCCAUGGAGACAGUCGACACGAAAACGGCGAUUUAUGCUGUCGGCGCCUUCAUAGUGUUGACAGCCUGGUUGAUACUCCGGAAACGGACCUCGAAUCUUCCAAACGGUCCCCGAGGUCUUCCCUUGUUCGGCAACAUGUUUUCUAUGAAAGAUGGCACCCUGCUCCACCUGAAGCUCACCGAAUGGGCUCACAAGUACGGAGACUUCUACUCUUUUAUGAUGGGCCGCUCCCCCGUUAUUGUGCUCAACAGCCCUCAAGCCAUCAACGACCUGUUCGUGAAACGCGGCAGCAAAUACAGUUCCAGACCAAAGGCGUCGAAUCAGGCGAGCAUCAUCACGCAAAACGCGAGGAUUGUGGCGAUUCCCUACGGAGAACAGUGGCGAAAGCACAGGAAAGUGUACCACGAGCUUCUCAACAUGCAAAACGCCAAGAUCUUUCUCCCAUACCAGGAAUACGAGAGUAGACGCACGCUGAAGAACUUGCUCGAUGAACCGGCUGGGUUUUGGCGAGAAGUGACCAGGUAUUCAGCAAGUGUGACAUUUAGCCUACUCUUAGGAUGCCGGUUCGAUUCUGCCGACACCGCAAUCCCGCAAGAGAUCAACAAAAGAAUGUUGAUGAUGUUUAAAGGGAUCCGACCAGGCGCCUGGCUUGUUGACUGGGUUCCCUUCCUGGACUAUCUUCCUGAUGCGUUGGCGCCAUGGCGCGCCUCGGCCGUGGACCUUCGAAACCAAAUUAUGCCUUUCUUUCUCAUAUUUUAUAAUGCCAUGAAAGAGAGAAUACGAAGAAACACAGCGCCGGACUGCUUCCUGGCGCGCCUACUGAAGCAGGAAGGCUCGGUAUUCGAUGAAUCGGAACCUCCUCAUAUCAUUGCAACAACUAUGGCGGCUGGGACCGACACCACUGCAACAACUCUCCAGUGGUUCUUUAAAGCGGCUAUACUGUUUCCUGACGCAGUCAGAAAGGCACAAGAGGAGAUCUAUCGGGUUGUAGGACCAGAUCGUCUCCCCAAUUGGGAAGACCGUCCAAAUCUCCCUUAUCUAGCAGCUCUUUUAGAUGAGACACACCGAUGGGCCACGGCCACACCUCUUGCUUUCAUCCACGCCACAAGCGAGGCGGAUGUAUACAGAGGCAAGGACAUUCCCCGUGGAGCAAUUGUCUAUAGCAAUGUCUACGCCGUGCAUAACGACCCUCAUAUCUUUGCAAGGCCGGAAGAGUGGAUUCCAGAAAGAUUUCUCCCCAAAUCGGACAAGAGAGCAGCACCAGAAGCUAAUCACGCAGGUACACACUACGCAUUUGGGGCAGGACGUCGAGAAUGUCCUGGCAGGCAUGUUGCAGAUGCCAGCCUGUAUAUCGUGAUUAGCCGCAUCCUGUGGGCGUAUGACAUUGUUGGGAAUCCCAAGAAGCCCCCCCCGCGAGGUUACUGUAAGCCACAUGACUGCCACCCUGCUCAAGAUCAUGAACUAAACUCAUCACUAGCGGGAGCCUUCCCCGUAUUCGGACCUGCUCGAUUUGAAGCAACUCUCAAGCCGCGUAGUGAAACUGCAAUUCGCCUGAUUCGUGAGGAAGCAGAGAUUAAUCGCCCUGCAGAGAUGGAGGAUUCGACGGUCUACGACAAGCUCGUUGCUCAAUUACUAUCGGAUCCUUGA